UUUUUUGUUUUUUUGCUGUGGUCAGAAACCUUUGAACAGAGAAUCAUUGGGGGCCAAGUGGUUGAGCCAUAUUCAAUCAAGUACCAGGCAUCCCUUCAGUACCGCAACCGUCAUUAUUGUGGCGGAACCCUAAUCAGCUCUCAGUGGGUUUUAUCUGCUGCCCACUGCUGGAGACCGUACUAUUUUGUCACUGUGGUUUUGAGUGAGCAUAGCCUUGCUCGGAGAGAGGAGUUUGAGCAGGUGUUCUCUGUCCGGAGGAUUGAAUAUCAUCAUGAAUACCAAUACGCCACCUUUGACAAUGACAUCAUGCUCUUAAAACUUAGCCGCCCAGCCGUAUUCAAUGCCUUCGUCCAGCCUGUCAGGCUGCCAGGUCUCUUCGAGCCCUCACCACCUGCAGGGACCAUCUGUACGGUCAGUGGGUGGGGGGUGACCCAGAUCUACAGCUACUACCUUUCUCCAGAACUGCGCGCUGUUGAUGUGAACAUCAUCGGCCACUGUCAGUACUAUUAUUACUACAAGAUCACUGACAACAUGCUGUGUGCCGGCUCGCAGUAUGGGGGAAAAGACUCCUGUCAGGGCGACUCCGGGGGUCCGCUUAUAUGCAACAACAAAUUGCAUGGCAUCGUGUCAUGGGGAAUCAGCUGUGCCAACCCAUAUUUCCCAGGAGUGUACACCAAAGUGAGAAACUACAUCAGGUGGAUCAAGUGGAUCACAACGUUCAGAUGAAAAGAGACAAGCUUUUCAUUACAUAAAAAUGGCACUUGUACGAGAAUAGAAUACCAAUUUCACUGACAUCAAACUUCACUGACAUCAGCCAGGCCUAUACUAAAUCAACAAUUGCAGAACAUUAGUAAUUUAGGAACACAUUUCCCAUUAGCAAUGCGGUGUAAUGCCUUUUCAGGUAAGAGCUAUGGAUGAGUACCUUUGAGGUUGCAGGUCCAAAUCCUAGUUAGUGUUGCUGCUUAAAACCGUAGUGCUGUUACUACAGCUGUGAAGAAAGUACGAAGCAUAAAACUACACUGCUGUUAUUUCAGUUUCAUUGGAUGGGAGUCAUUCUAUAAAAAAAAAUCAUUGGAUUGAUCUGAAGUCAUGUGACCCUGUAUACCUUUGACAUUUGAUGCUCAGUGUGUUGCUGUUCUAUAAAGUUAGCUAGCAGUAGCCCAAUUGAAUGCUCUGGUUCUACCCCACUGUAUUGAAAAAUAUUCAAGUAUGCUUGGUAAAUAAAUGUUCACACACAGAUAAUUAUAUACAAUAAUACAUAUUUUUUAUUAUUCUGUAUUGUAAUCAAUAUUUCAUAUUAAAUAACAGAAAGAUUUUG